AUGGCGGCGGCAGCGGCGGACGUCCAGCAACAUGUUGCGAAGACAGAGACGAACGCGUCGGUGGUGGAGAUGUUGUUGAAGCCGCCCAUCUAUUGGCUCUUCCAUUCCUGGCGUCUCUUUGGAUACAUCCCUUUGCUGCCGCCCCUGUUGGCGUAUCAACCGGUGAAGACGGUUGCAUUGAUGACCGCCUAUGCAUCCGUGCACCGCAAACGCUGGUGGCAAGAGGCAGUGCACAGGAUGUUCCGCUUUGCGGUGGCCAAGAGCCAUCGCUUCGUCAAUGAGAACAAGCACUUGAUCAAAGACGAAAAGCGCUAUUUGUGGUGCUUGCACCCUCACGGUCUUCUUGCUGAUGGAUGGCACUCCAUGAUUGCCUCCAACCUGGACUCUUUCGCCGAUGAGGGCAACGGUCCCCCAGGCGUGGGGCGGAAGGUUGCUUUGUGCUUCGCGCCCAUCAUCCAGCAUGUGCCGGUGCAUCAGGAGAUGUAUCGGAACCUUUGCUGCUCCUCCGAUCGGGCAUCCAUCGUGAGGUGGUGGAAGACGCCCGACACCGACCCGGCCUUGAUCCCCGGCGGCUUCGCGGAGGCGUGCUUCGCCAGCAGCGCCGAGAGGAAGGUGGAGUACUCCUACCUCAAGGGCCGGAAAGGCUUCGUGAAGAUUUGCAUCGAGGAGAAGAAGGACAUGAUCCCGGCCUACACCUUUCGCCUCAACUGGAUGUAUCGCACACCCCGUUCCCUGCGGGGCGCCCGUGCUCGGCUCUCGCAGCGGAUCUUCGUGGGUGUGAUCCCGUUUUUCGGCUACCUGGGCACUUCAAUGCCUUUGCACGAGAAGACCACCACGGUGGUCUUCCCCCCGUUCGAAGCCUCCAGCUACACCUUGGAUCAGCUCGACGAGGCACAUGAGGCCUAUCUGGCGCAUUUGAAGAAGCAUUUUGACCUGAACAAGGACAAGUACGGUAUGAAAGAUGUGGAACUCGUCUUCGUGGGCAACGAUUUCCAAGAUGAUGACUGGGCCACCCGCGCCCUCCAAAGUGUCGGCGUUCUGCGUCCCCCUCGCUCGCGCUUGUGAGAGGCCUUACGAACACGCGCGGUGGAAGAUUCUGACCACUUCCAGAUCCCAAACAGAUCUCAAAGACCAUCUGAAACCGCGCGAUUCAGAUCUAGUCCUAGGCCUUUUCUCACACCCCUGUCGACCUCGGGAGCAAAGUCUCCCCAAACAGAUGAUCCAGUCCUUUGAGGGAUGGACCAAGGGUUCUUUCUGGGAAGUGGAAAUGAUUGGUUCUGUGAAGUGCCAAGAAGGAGCCAUGGGAAGUGCCAUGGGUCAAAGAUUGUUACACUCAUCGAGUCUAGUGAAGCGAGUCUAGGGCCCAUUCUUCCUGAA